AUGAUGGCGUAUGUGAACCCGGGGCCGCACUACUCCGUCAGCGCCUUGGCCCUGAGCGGCGCCGGCGGCGUGGACCUGAUGCACCCGGCCGCGUCCUAUCCGAGCGCCCCGAGGAAGCAGCGGCGGGAGCGGACCACCUUCACGCGGAGCCAGUUGGAGGAGCUGGAGGCGCUGUUUGCCAAGACCCAGUACCCGGAUGUGUACGCCCGCGAGGAGGUGGCUCUGAAGAUCAAUCUGCCCGAGUCCAGGGUUCAGGUUUGGUUCAAGAACCGCAGGGCUAAGUGCAGGCAGCAGCGGCAGCAGCAGAAACAGCAGCAGCAGCAGCCGCCAGGAGCACAAGCCAAGGCUCGUCCCACCAAGAGGAAGGCGGGCACUCCCCCAGGGCCCUCCACUGAUGUCUGCCCAGACCCCCUGGGCAUCUCCGAUUCCUACAGCCCACCUCUGCCGGGCCCCUCAGGCUCCCCGACCACAGCAGUGGCCACUCUGUCCAUUUGGAGUCCAGCCUCGGAGUCCCCUUUGCCUGAGGCCCAGCGGGCUGGGCUAGUGGCCUCCGGGCCUUCGCUGACCCCGGCACCCUAUGCCAUGACCUACGCCCCGGCCUCUGCUUUCUGCCCUUCCCCCUCAGCCUACGGGUCUCCCAGCUCCUUCUUCAGUGGCCUGGAUCCCUACCUUUCUCCCAUGGUGCCCCAGUUGGGGGGCCCAGCUCUCAGUCCCCUUUCAGGCCCCUCCGUGGGCCCCCCCCUGGCCCAGUCCCCCACCUCCCUGGCAGGCCAGAGCUAUGGCGCCUACAGCCCCGUGGACAGCUUGGAAUUCAAGGACCCCACAGGCACCUGGAAGUUCGCCUACAACCCCCUGGACCCUCUGGACUACAAGGAUCAGAGUGCCUGGAAGUUUCAGAUCUUGUAG